UUUAACAGUAGUGUGUCACACACACACAGGUUGGACACCCAGCGGUUUGAUAGGAUUUUGCCAAGCUACCUGUUGGCGCCGACGGCGCGCAUCUGGGGGAGGGGGGAAGGUGCGCUUCGCUCAAUACCGAAACAUAUUUUUUUCUCGUUCCUUGAAGAAGUUAAUUAAAAGGUAGGAGGUUUGGGGUUGUUUACACUGUUUGUGGGUAAAUAAUUAACCUGAUCAGCCACCCUGGCGUCCAAGAAGACAGCAGAUAUGAGGAGCUGAGCGGAGGCGCUGGAGAGAGGAGUGCGCCUCCACCGCCAGGAAGAAAGCAGACCUCCAGGUGUUUUUUAAUAUUUGUUUGGAGCGUUUUUAAUGUCAUUUGAACUGGAUUCGCCUCGCUGUAGCCAUGCUGGGAGCGGAGAGCAGACUGGAGAGCCGGCUGGAGACGCUGGAGUCCACAAUGAAGAAUCCUCAGUCGCCACUAAACUUGGAAGCCCUGUUGGACUCCAUGAACGCCUUGGCCCAUGACCUCAACUAUCCCAUCCUGAGAAAAAACAAGAACAUCGAGUCAUUUCUGAACAGAUAUGAUAAGGUGGUGAAAGAGCUGCAGGAGCUGCAGGUGAAGCUUGAAGACUUUGAGAAGGUGAAAUUAAUCGGGAGAGGAGCUUAUGGAGAAGUGCAGCUGGUCCGUCACAAAGCAUCUCAGAAGGUUUACGCCAUGAAGCAGCUCAGCAAGUUUGAGAUGAUCAAGAGGUCAGAUUCGGCCUUCUUCUGGGAGGAGAGACACAUCAUGGCCUUUUCCAACAGCCCCUGGAUUGUCCAGCUCUGCUGUGCUUUCCAAGAUGUCCACCACCUCUACAUGGUGAUGGAGUUCAUGCCCGGGGGUGACCUGGUCACGCUCACUAUUAACUACGACAUCCCCGAGAAGUGGGCUCGCUUCUACACGGCGGAAGUCGUCAUGGCGCUGGACACCAUCCACUCCAUGGGCUUCAUCCACCGCGACGUCAAACCCGACAACAUGCUGCUGGACCAACACGGACACCUCAAGCUGGCCGACUUUGGCACGUGCAUGAGGAUGGACUCGACGGGUAUGGUGAAUUGUGAGACGGCUGUAGGCACGCCGGACUACAUCUCCCCCGAGGUGCUCCAGUCUCAGGGCGGGGAUGGUUACUACGGCCGGGAGUGUGACUGGUGGUCUGUGGGAGUUUUUAUCUAUGAGAUGUUUGUGGGUGAAACUCCGUUUUAUGCCGAGUCGCUCAUCGGAACUUAUGGGAAGAUCAUGAACCACCAGAACGCCCUAAGCUUUCCAGAUGAUGUCGACAUGUCUAAGGACGCCAAAGAUCUCAUCUGCUCCUUUCUGACUGACAGGAAGGUUCGUCUGGGCCGCACCGGAGUGGAUGAGAUCAAACGUCACCCCUUCUUCAGGAACGACCAGUGGACUUUCGACAACAUCCGUGACACUGUGGCCCCAGUUGUGCCGGAGCUCCACAGCGACAUAGACACGAGUAACUUUGAUGACAUAGAGGCGGAAAAAGGAGAUGCGGAGACCUUUUCUCCACCCAAAGCCUUUGUGGGCAACCAGCUACCUUUUAUUGGCUUCACUUAUUUCAAAGAAAAUCAGUUGCUGAAAGGCGGUGGCAACAGCAGCUCUGUGGAGGAAUCAAACAAUUCUAAAGAAAACGCCAAAGACAAGGAGAACUGUUUGGACAAGAAGGAGCUGCAGAAAAAUCUUCAACUGCUGGAGGAGCAGCUCGAUCAUGAGAUGCAGGCCAAAGAUGAGCUGGAGCAAAAGUGCAGAAAUGCAACCAACCGUUUAGAUAAGCUGGUCAAAGAGCUGGAUAAGGAGAUGAACAGCAGGCAGAAGGUGGAAGCCUCGCUGAGGCAGCUGGAGCGAGAGCGAGCACUGCUGCAGCACCAAAGUGCCGAGAGCCUUCGCAAGGCCGAGAUGGAAUCGGACAGAAAACGCAGCCUGGAGAACGAGCUGAACGUUUUGAGGGACCAGCUGGAGGAUCUGAAGAAGAGGAACCAGCAGUCGCAGAUCUCAAAUGAAGAGAAGAUGCAGCUGCAGAGACAGCUCGAGGAGACCAACGCCGUGCUUCAGGCCGAGAAGGAGGCGGCGGCACGGAUGAAGAAGUGUCAGGCCGAGGCCCAGAAACAAGCCCAGAGCCUGGAGGUCAGCCUCGGGGAGGUGCAGGACAAGUACAACCAGCUGGAAAACUGCAAACUGGAGCAGGAGAAGCAGCUGAGAGGACUACAGGCCGAGCUGGAGGAGGAGAGGAGGAACCGCAGCCUCGGAGCUGAAACCAUCUCUGACCUGCAGGGAAGCCUUUCUGGUCUGGAAAAGGAGCUGAAAGAGAUGAAAUCGACACUUUUUAAGAUCCAAACUGAGAAGAAGGAGCUGCAGGGGAAGCUAAACAACCUUGAAAAGGAAAAGAACAACCAGGAGAUCGAUCUGACUUUUAAGCUGAAGUCUCUCCAGCAGAGUUUGGAGCAGGAAGAGGCAGAGCACAAAGCCACUAAAGCAAAGCUCGCUGAUAAAAAUAAAGUCUAUCAAUCCAUUGAGGAGGCAAAAUCGGAGGCCUUGAAAGAGAUGGAGAACACCCUGCAGGAGGAGCGCAGCUCAAAGCUGCUCGUGGAGGAAAAGCUGCUCCAGCUGCAGAAGGCGCACUCAAUGCUAGACUGUGACUACAAGCGGGCGGCGCACAAGCUGGAGGAGCUGAAGAUGCAGAAGAAGAAAAGCUCCGAGGAGGUGAUGCAGCUCACAUCACGUCUGGAGGAGGAGAUCCACAAGCUCAGUUUGAGUCAGAGCGAGCUGAAGAUGCAGAAACAGCAGGUGUCCGUGCUCGGCUCCUCUGAGAAGCUGCUCAAACAGGAAGUCAACCAACUGCUGGAGAUGAAGUUGAGCCUGGAAAAGCAGAACCAGGAGCUCCGCAGGGAGAAGCAGGAGGCUGAUGGCCAGCUGAAGGAACUGAAGGACCAGCUGGAAGCAGAGCAAUAUUUCACAACGCUGUACAAGACGCAGACCCGUGAGCUGAAGGACGAGUGUGAUGAGAGGAAUAAGCUGAUCAAAGAGCUGCAGCAGCAGCUUGCAGCAUACAACGAGGAAAGGGAUUCUCUGGCAGCUCAGCUGGAAAGCAGCCUGACCAAAGCAGAUUCGGAGCAGCUGGCCCGGUCCAUCGCUGAAGAGCAGUACUCUCUUCUGGAGAAGGAGAAGAUCAUGAAGGAGCUGGAGAUCAAUGACAUGAUGGCGAGACACAAGCAGGAGCUGAAUGAGAAGGAGGCCACAAUCAGCUCGCUGGAAGAAUCCAACCGCACACUGACAGUGGACGUGGCCAACCUGGCCAGUGAGAAGGAAGAACUGAACAACAAGCUGAAAGAACUGCAGCAAGAAUUCCAGAAGGCCAGGGAGGAAGCGAGGCAGAUGAAUUCUUUGAAAGUUUCCUUUGAGAGGCAGCUGCAAAGUGAAAGGACGCUUAAGAUUCAGGCUGUGAACAAGCUGGCUGAGGUGAUGAACAGGAGGGAGUCGGUGCGAGGAGGUGCUCGAGGUAUCGACACCGAGGUGCACAGGAAAGAGAAGGAGAACAGGAAGCUGCAGCUGGAGCUGAAAGCAGAGAGGCAAAAAUUUAACAGCACCAUGAUGAAAUACCAGAAGGAUCUGACUGACAUGCAGGCGGUAAUGGCAGAGGAGAACAACAUGCGCCUGGAGCUCCAGAUGGCCCUGGACAGCAAGGACAGCGACAUCGAGCAGCUCCGGUGUCAGCUCACUUCCCUCAGCGUUCACUCUCUGGACACCACCAGCAUCGGCAGCGGCAACGAUGUGGAAUUAGGCGACGGAUACCCAGUGCGCAUCACUCAGUCUCACACCUCAGAAUCAAUGUCCUACACCUACCAGCGCACACACAAGUCAGUGUGCAUUGACACAAGGCCCGACCUUGGCUCGGCUCGAACCCUCUUUGACUCGGACUCCGAAGAUGAAGGAGACCCAGAUGAGGUUGAGGGGCGGGGCCAAAGCCCACUGGCUCUGACCUAUAGACAGCCCUCUGAGCCUGAACCUGGAGAUUCCAGACUGGAAGGCUGGAUUUCAUUUCCCACCAAGAACACAAAGCGAUACGGCUGGGACAAAAAAUACGUCGUUGUAAGCAGCAAGAAGAUACUGUUUUACAACAACGAGCAGGACCGCGAGCAGUCCAACCCGUUCAUGACCCUGGACAUAGAUAAGCUGUUUCACGUUCGUCCCGUCACUCAAACUGAUGUGUACCGUGCAGAUGCCAGAGAAAUCCCAAGAAUAUUCCAGAUCUUGUACGCCAACGAAGGCGAGAGUAAACGCAACGAGGAGGUUGCGGUGGAGCCAGCCACCCAUGAGCGCCCUAAUUACAUCAGCCACAAGGGCCAUGAGUUCAUCCUCACCCUGUACCACUUUCCCUCUAACUGCGACGUCUGCACGCGACCCCUGUGGAACGUCUUUAAGCCCCCGCCUGCUCUUGAGUGCCGCCGCUGCCACACCAAGUGCCACAAAGACCACAUGGAAAAGAAUAAAGAGAGCAUCGAGCCCUGCUGGGUGAGCUACGACUCAUCCACUGCCAAAGAGUUGCUGCUGCUGACCAACUCUAAGGAGGAGCAGCAGCGAUGGAUCAGUCACCUCCGCAAACGCAUCCCGAGGAAAAACCCAACUUUGAGUCCUCCUGCAGCACAGUCAAGCCCUCAAGAGUUUGCAUCAAUGUUUCCUCCUAAAGUCUCUCCGAGGUCUUCUCCCAGAAACUCCCCUCAGCUGUCAUCGCAUCGCAACGCCAUAAAGAUCCAGGCCACCAAAACUCAGCAGACAUCAGGAAAGUCGAGGGUGCUUGAGUUUGACCUGAAAGACUGGAGCUGGUCAUUGGAUGAGGAUGAUGAUGAUGAUAAUGAUGAUAUGUUCUUCUGAAAGCAGGAGGUUAACCCCAGCAGUAUUUUCACCCAUUUGGAUUAAUGAUGCUCGUCUGGACCCUGUUGCCUACGCAUGAUGUUUGUUCACAGACUGAAAAACGAAAGAAAGAAACACCAUGGACAGAAACGCUCUGGCUGUUGUCAUGAGAACUGGAAUUGUUUUUGUGCAUUUUAAUAAACAGAAAGUUUCUCACUCUUCAUAUUGAAACUGCCCUUUUUUUUAAUUAACAAUUGGACUCAAUUUAGUUGUGUUUUUGAAGUUUCAGGCAUGUGUGUGAGCCUUUGUAUAUAGAACAAAGAUUUAUAACACAAAUUAUAGAUAAUAGGACAGGAUUGUUUUAUUUUUCUGGAUAUAAUAGCGACACAUUCAACAGUAAAUGAGCGAUUUGUAAAUGUGUGUUUGAAUGAGAGAUUUUAUUCAUCAUAAGGCAUCUUAGACCUGUUUCUAAUUAUAGCCAUCACAGCAUUACAGAAUAAUGUGAAAUGUAUUUCUGUUGAACAAUCUGCAAGAAAAAAGUUAUAGAUGUUUCUGUUAUGUUUAAAAUCCUAUAUUUGAAAUAUUUUAAGAAAAGCAUUAAAAGAUUUGUGGGGAAAUGUG